CUUUGCUUUUUGGCUUUUUGAGACAGGGUUUCUCUGUGUAACAGUCCUAGCUGUUCUGGAACUUACUUUCCAGGCUGCCCUCAAACUUAGAGAUCUGCCUGCCUUUGUCUCUGAGUGCUGGGAUUAAAGGCAUGCGCCACCACCCCCUGGCUCUCUCUUCUGUUUUGAAGAGACACUAUUAGUUGGUGAAGAUGGGUCCUAGGCAAGUCAAGGCUCUGCAGUAGAGGUCCCUUAAAGCAGGCCUCCCAUUCGCCUACCAUUUACCAUCGUGGAGUUCCAUAAGCCAAGUGAGCAUGUGGUUGUGGCCACUGAGGAGUGGAGGAGGAUGGAUCAGUUCAGCCCAGAAUCUGGAGACCAGCCUAGGUAGUAUAUGACCCACGUCCGCAGAGAAGAGGGGGCUAAGGGAAAGGAGAGAGGGGUAGGGGUUCCAGCCUGGAGGAUUUCUUGGCUUCUCGUGGUCCUUAGCAGUUCAGAAGGAGCAGCUGAAUAUCUGUGUGGUUUGAUGAGUCAGGUGUGUUCUUAAAAGCCCAGAGAGCACUGGAGACCCUGCCUGUGGGAGCUGGUCCUAGCAGUACUGGAGGAGGGGUUGACUGUGGGCUCUACUUAAUGGAUCCUGAUCUGAGGCUGAACUUAAUUCAGGUCAGUGGUUAGAGCCAGGAUAAAAGGAGGGCAUAGGACAGGUGACUAAGCCAGGGAUGCAAACUUUUCACGGAUCGUUUUUUAAGUACCUGGGACAGAUAAGUGCUAGCAAGGUUGUCAGAGGAGUCUCCAGAGCUUAUGGCUGGAUAGGCUGGGAUGAACAAUGUAUUCAGAGAUACAAGAAAGGGACCUGGAAGCAGAGCUGUUAAAGAUUGGGCCAAAGUAGCGCUCUCUUAGCUUCCUCUCUUAGCUAUACCGCUCAAUGAAUGAUACCUGUUUAGGGUCUGCCCCGCCCCCUUCCUAGAAGCCCAGUGCCACUCAGGGAUUGAUGCAAAGCUAAGAGCUCCAGAGACUGGUAACAGGGCUAGAAGUCUGAAUGAGGGUAUAGGAGCUGUUUGUCCACCCUGAGUGACAAUCUGUGCGAGAAACAGAGCUGAGACCCCCGAGAGCCAUUGUAGAUUCUCAAGCAAGGGUGGUCCAAAAGUGCAAGGCAGAGAGUGAUAGGGAAAGGCGGAGGUCAGCUCUGGAUGAGAGAUGAUGGGACCAGUCUUAUUCUCCUCCGGCGGGUCAUUGUCCCCAGGCAGCAAGAGGGACAGGGCUGGGCAGGCAGAGGGGCGGGGCCGGGCACGUGGCCUGGGGCCCCGCCUCUCGGACACGUGACCCGCCCAGGGCACGGGAAGGGCUCCGGUGGGGCGGAGCCGGCAAACCCUAGGCGGCCAGCGGGACCGACUGGCGGUGGAGCGAUUGACAGGCGGCAGGGCAGCUCUUGGGGCCCCAGCAGAGUUGGCGGCGCGCGUGGACGCGGCUGCGGCGGAGACGCCGGGAUGUGGAACGGCCCACCCCAACAAGACAAGGGCCUCCCUGUGGGCCUCUCUGCUAUCUCAGUCCCCUGGAAAAACCUGGGCCCCAGCAAAGGUACCAGGGAGUCCCCAGGAGGCCCGGUAGAAGCCUCCACUUCCUGGGAAGACGCCCCGGGUGAGGCGCACCCAGCAGCUGCUCCACUGGAUGUGUCACGCCUGCGCAGCUCCUCCAUGGAGAUCCGAGAGAAGGGCUCUGAGUUCCUAAAGGAGGAGCUAUACAAAGCCCAGAAGGAACUGAAGCUAAAGGAUGAGGAGUGUGAAAGGCUGUGCAAAGUGCGUGCACAGCUGGAGCAGGAGCUGGAGGAGCUGACAGCCAGCCUGUUCGAGGAAGCUCACAAGAUGGUCCGGGACGCCAACAUGAAGCAGGCAACAUCAGAAAAGCAGUUGAAGGAGGCCUGGGGCAAGAUCGACAUGCUACAGGCAGAGGUGACAGCCUUGAAGACACUGGUCAUCACAUCCACACCAGCCUCUCCCAACCGUGAGCUCCACCCACAGCUGCUGAGCCCCACCAAGGCUGGACCCCGAAAGGGCCACUCACGCCAAAAGAGCACCAGCAGCUCCCUCUGCCCUGUUGUGUGCCCCACUGCAGGGCAUAUCCCCACCCCAGACAAAGAAGGCAAGGAGCCUGGGCUGCCCCCUCUACUCUCCCUGCUCCUGUGCGUGAUCCCCAGCAAGGCCAUCCACCUCACCUACGAGCCGACCUGGCAGCUCCCAUCUGGGGAGCCGCCCACGACCCCCAACUCCGAUACCUCUCUCUCCUUUUCCCGACAGGUGGAUACAACUCUGUUUGCAGAAUUCCAGGCUUGGAGGGCUUCACCCACCCUGGAUAAGAACUGCCCCUUCCUAGAAAGGGUGUACCGGGAGGACGUGGGCCCUUGCCUCGACUUCACAGUGCAGGAGCUCUCAGCUCUGGUUCGGACUGCUGUGGAGGACAACACGCUCACCAUUGAGCCCGUGGCUUCACAGACUCUGCCCGCUGUGAAGGUGCCCACUGUUGAGUGUAACAGCACCAGCACAUGUGCCCUGAGUGGGCUGGCACGUACCUGCCACCAUCGAAUCCGCCUGGGGGACUCUGACAGCCACUAUUACAUCUCACCGUCCUCCCGGGCCAGGAUCACUGCAGUAUGCAACUUCUUCACCUACAUUCGCUACAUCCAGCAAGGCCUGGUUCGGCAGGAUGCCGAGCCGAUGUUCUGGGAGAUCAUGAGGCUGCGGAAGGGGAUGUCACUAGCCAAGCUUGGCUUCUUCUCCCAGGAGGCCUAGGGCAUGGCCCCAGGCCUGAAGUAGGCUCUGAGCUAGAGCAAGCAGCUGCCUUGGGACAGACAGACAAGAAAUCCUGGAGCCAGCUCUGAGCCAGAAGCUGAAAGGACAGAUAAACAACCAGGCUGCAGAGACAGUUCUGAGCCAGUACCACCCAUCCCUCCUGGAGCAGACAAAGGGACAGCCUGGCCUGGACUUCAUGAGAUGACCCUCUUGCCCACUGAGCUCUGUAGCCAACAAGAGAAUUUCAAGAAAGCGCCAAAGACCAAGGUGCUCGGAGCAAGGAGCUCAGCUCAGCCCUAGGGAGAGGACCCUUGAGUAGCCAGUACCCCCACCACAAACCCCUGCUGCUUACCAAUUCUCUCUUGCUGCCACGUCUUCAGAAAGGGACUGUUCUGGGGUGGUUGGACUUCCAGGGUAUGCUCUACCACAGCCUCUAAGCCCUGGGACACCAGCACCCCCUUGUGGCCAUCUCCCACUCUGUUCCCAAGUGGCCUCAUUAGACUGUCCCAGUGGUCAGGCAAAUGUCUCCGAUCUGAACAAGGUGGAGGGAUAUCUGCCCUGAGGUGCUGUGAAGGUGAAUCCAAGAUCCCUUCUCCAUUCUUCUGCAUAGAGGCCUCUCUCUCCCCUUUCUCUCCACUUCAACACCAUCUCCAGGAGGCCCUGUUCCUAAAAUUGCCAGGAAGUCUGGGACCUUUCUUCCCAAAGUGUGCCACCAGGGGAGCCCCAGGACAUAACCCUGGGCAGCCACGCAGACUGCAGGGGCCCUGAAUGUGGGAUGGGAUGGAGAGGAUGGGCCAAGCAGGACAUGGACCCUGCCUUAUCCAUCAUAGCCCACCGGGAACUGGGCUCAGGAGAUCCAACCUGGACAUAUCCCUUACCACGCCCCUAUUUCCUUCAAAUGGAAUGUAACGCAAUCUCUAUUUAAUAAAGGAAGGCUUUGUUGGUA